GUGACAGUACGUUUUACCCCUUUUCAUCUAGUUGAUAGAUCUCCCUGACCUUUACUUAGUGCUUUAGGAGCUUUCAGAGUAGUUGGUAGAUUGAUAUCUAUAAUACACCAACAUCUUUUUAGGACAUUGUUUUUCUAUAGAAGAUUAAUUUUCUUAUUAGCUUCUUUAUGAUGACGUGAUGUUGAUCGUGAAUCUUCUUUAUUAAGAUUUCAUACUAAGAGAGUUCAAAAAAAUAUAUACUCUAGGAUAAUUUGAUUUAUUAUAUCUGAAGUAUUUUUUUUUCUUAGAUUCUUUUGAACUUUUUUUCAUUCUGGUUUAAAUUCAGUAAUUGAUCUGAGAAUAGAGUGGCCACCUUUCAGAGUAAUGGUACUAAAUCCUUAUAGAGUCCCUCUUUUAAAUACGGCUGUUCUUAUUAGCUCAAGAAUUACAGUAACUUGUUCCCACUAUAGUUUAUUGAUUUCAGAUUUUAAUUCUUGCUCUAUUUGACUUGCUAAUACAGUUUUUUUAAGGGUUUUGUUUACAAGAUUACAAUAUAUGGAGUACUUAGAGAGUUCAUUUAGGAUAAAUGAUUCUGUUUAUGGAUCUAUUUUUUUUAUAGCUACAAGAUUUCACAGAUUUCAUGUAAUUAUUAGAAGUAUUUUUUUAUUUAUUUCCUUUCUACGAAUUUUAUCUAGAAAACUCUCACCUAACCGGCAUGUGAGAUUUGAGUGUGCUAUUUGGUAUUGACAUUUUGUUGAUGUCGUAUGAAUUUUCUUAUAUGCUUGUAUUUAUAGAUGAGGUAGUCUUUAA